AUGCUCCAGAUCUUCUUCACCAGCCGCUCCUCCUCCUCCAGCUUCUCCUGGCGUUUCUCCUGUUGCUUGUCCGCCUCCUCCUCCUCCUCCUCCUCCUCUUCACGGGCAGUCGCCGCCGACGAAGCAGUGGCCGUCGGCGAGAGCGGGGGCCCCCGGCCGCCCGCGCGGGAGGCCCCCUGCUCUUCCCCCGACGGCUCGCCCGUCCCGGUGCCCGUCCCCGUCCCCGCUCCCGGCGCCGCUUCCGCGGUGCUAGUGACGUGGACGCUGCCGCCGCCGUCCGCCCCCGGGGCGUCCACGGGCCGCGUCGGGCGGAUGCCGUGGAAAAAAACGAACGGGCUGACGAAUGAAAAGGGUGGAGCAUCCCUCUCGAUUAACCUCGGCUUAGGGCUGGACCACACAUCGUUGUUCCAGUGGUGGUGGCGUCGCGGAACUCCAGCUCAAGCUCGGGCGCGCGUGCCGACGGAGGGCGGCAUCGGAAGCGCCGGCCGCGGGCGCGGACGCGCGGGCGGCGCGGGGGGCACGCUGGGCGGACCAAGAAACUGCACCGUCGCCCGGCGCGUCGCUCGCCCCGCGCCCGCGCCCGCGCCCCGUGUUGGGACGCGACUCGCUGAUGAGACCGCGCCGCCGCGGAGCGCGUGGCGGCGGGAGGCGGCGGGCCGGCCCGGGGGCGCUAGCGGGGCUGUCGCCGCCUCCUGCGUCGCUUCGCCUGCAACGGAGGAAAUGCGUGUUGAGGGACGCCGCCAGACUCAAGUUCAAGCCACUUUAUGCGAAGAAAUUCUAAAAGAAAGUCUGUGCUCAUUCCAGAAAGAAUGUAUGAAUCGGAAUGUAGAUGGCCGAAUCUGGCAGUCCAGCUGGAAGGAGCUUUUGGUGUGGACAGCAUCACAAGUGCCACCAGCUGGAUGUACUGAAAGUCGUAGUUUCACACUUGUACUACCGAUUCCCAAACGCAACGGCAACGCAAGAGCGGCAAGACAACGGCAGAAGACGAGGCAACGGUGCGACGAGUGCGUCACGGAAGCAACGGCACGGUGCGGCCCGCAGCAGCUUCCUGCUGGCUGGUCUCUCGGCCUCGUCUGCUCGCCCCACGCCGCCUCCGAAGCUCACCGCGGCUGCACGGACGCGCCUCCAAGCACAGUGCGCUUUGCGCAAAAUCCUCCUCUGCUUUUCUCCAGGAAACAACGUGGAUAUUCACGCCCCAGUCCGGAUGACUUCAGCACAGACGAGAGUGCGCUGCUCAGAGAUUUUCGUGUAAGAGAUCUACGAGGAUCUGAAGACGAAUGA